UGGAAACUCUUCCAUGCCACAUUUGAAAGAGCCUUCAGCAAUCCAGACCAAAGUGGUACUGCUCAUGCGAAACUGGAGCAGCUCUCCCAAGGAAACAAGACAGCCAAUGAGUACAUUGCCAUGUUCAGGGAGCUGGCUGAGUACACAAACUACAAUGAUAUUGCACACAUUGAGAAGUUUGAGCAAGGCCUCAACCAUGAUCUUGUUGACAAGAUCUACUCUCUUGCUGAAAUGCCUGAAGACUUGGAAGGAUGGUAUUGUUAUGCCUCUCACUUUGAC